UUAACAUUAAAGAUUUAACAAGUAAAUUUACUUUUUAAAAAGUUAUUCAGUGUAAAUCAUAAGUUUUGUGCUGUUUCUCAUAAUUAAAUGUUCAUACAAAACGAAGUAGUAAAUGAGGAAUUAGAUAUAAUAUUUUCUAGGACAAGACAUUAAAUUAAAGAAUAACUAAAUAGAAAUGCAGUUAACAAUUAAUCACCAUAGUUAAACAGUAAUUUAGAAGGAUUUGGUUAAGAAAAAAAUACUUAAAAUAAUGAUCAAACAAAAGCUGAUUAAAAUGAGAAAGUAAAUAAUCUUUAGAAAAAGCUAAAUAAUAUUUAAAAAGCUCAAAGUACAACCUUGAAUCGAAAGCUAAAUGCUAUCAUUUAAUCUGAAAAAGUAGAUUUUAAAAGAGAAGAAGACACUGAAAUUCUUCUGGGUGCUAUAAAUAACUAACAAAAAUCACUCUAUGAAGCAAAGUUAGCUGUUAUGGCAUUUUAACAAUUAGAUUUUUUUGCUAAGAAAUAAAUAUUUUAAGUUAACGAUUCUAUGACUGAAAUAAUAAAUGCAUCUAUUAAAGUUCAUUCUUUCUCUAAAUACAGCUGCAUAUAAGAGCAUGGUUAAUAAUCAAAUUUUAUAUACAUUAUCCUACGAGGUUAAGCUGCUGUACUUAGAGUUGAGCCAACUAAGAAACGUCAUAGUAUUUCUUUACUUUCUAUUAAAGAAAAGAGCAAAAAAUAAUUAGAAACUCAAAAUUUAAUCAAACAUAAAUAAGAUUUAAAUAUUUCUCUAACCUAAACUCAUGAAAACUAACAUAAAAAUGAGUAAGAAAUAUUUAAAAGCAGUCUUCACAGUAUAGAUGAAUAGCAUCAUAGCCAUUCACAUUAAAAUAUGAGUGAUAAGGAAAAAUUUAUUGAAUAUAGAAUUCAACAUGAACUAAUUAAGUAUUUUCAAAAUUUAAACAAAGAUAUUAUCAAAAAAAAUUACUCUAAUGGUUAAGCUAAGAAGGAGGCUUUAGCCAAGUAUAUGUCAAAGACUGAUCUGAUUUAAACAUUUAAGCAAAAAGUAGAAUCAAUAAAGGAAAGUGACAAUAUUUACUAACAACUAAACUCUUAAGAUAAAGAUCAUAUCUAAUUAAACUAUCCUCAUCAUCACUUAACAUAUAUUUUAAAUGUUGGAGACUACUUUUGUGAAGAAUCUCUGAUUUACAAAACUCACAGCAAUGGGAAUAUAAUUAGCUUAGAUGAUGACUGCCUAGUGAUUUCUCUAAGCAGAGAUGGAUUUGAAAAUAUUGUAAAAAGCUAUUAUCUUAAGAUAGUUAGCAGUAGGUUAAACUUUUUGAAAUAAUACAAAUUCUUUGAUUGCAUUGCAGAAAGAGAUAUUUUAAAUAUUAUUCCUGAAAUCAAGGAAUUAUCUCUAGGUAAAAACAGUCUAUUAUUUAAAGAAGGAGAUCCAACUGAUGAAAUUUUUUUUCUGUAUUCUGGAUAGCUUGAAUUGCAAAAGAAUUAUUCUGUUUAGGAGCUUAACUAAAUUAUUGUUGAUUAUAAAAAUGAAUUGAGGGGGAAAUUUGCAGAAAAUAACAAUAAAUUUUAUAUUGACAUUUCUAAUAAUGUAAAUUAAAAAAGAAAGCAUAUAAAUCCUGUUGAUAAAAUUAUUUAAAACUGCUAAGGAAUUUCUGUAAAACGCACUAAUAAAGAUAAAACAAAUCUUAAUUUAUUAUCAAUUGCAAGAGAUAACUUUAGAAAUAUGAGAUUAGUCACUUUAUAUUAAUAUACACCUGGUUCAUUUUGUGGAGAUAAAGAGUUAUUUGAAGAAAUCACAGUUAGACAAAAUAGGGUGGUUGUUGUGUCUCACCAAGCAAUUAUUUUGUCAAUUACAGCUUAGCUUCUUCUGAAUGUUUUAAAAUUAAAUAAAACUUAUGAUAUGAUGGUUGCAGAAAGUUAAAAAAAGGAUGAGUUUUAUAUGCAAAGAACUAUUGAUUAUAUUUUGCUGAACUAGAAUUUUAACAAGAAGAAAUCGCUUGGCACUUCAGAGUUGAUGGAAAUAAUCAAUUAGAGAAAAAAAAUAAAUAUUAAAAUGAAAGAAGAGGAAGAAAAAUAAGAGGAAUAAAUUCAAUAGGAAGAAAAUAAAGCAGAUUUAAAAAUUUAUGAAGUCAAAUAAAAGAAAUUAGAAACAAAAAAUAAAACUAAAUAAGCUCAUAAAAAUUAAGUAGAAGAAGAGAAUUUGGAUUAGCUUUAACUAAAUCAAAAGGAAAAUAUUCAUUCAGAAUAUGCUUAACAACAGUAGAAUAAAGCUGAUUACAAAGAAAUUUUUGACAAAGAUGAUUUUGAAGGAAUGGACAAUUUGAAUAAAUCUUUAGUUAAAAGAAUGAAUAUUCUAAAAUAGGGUGAUUCAAUUUUCGAUUCAACAAUGCCAAAGCAUAUGAAAGAAAUUAUUAUAAAAAAAAUAAAAUAGUUAAGGCAUUUAACUCCUGCAUCAGUAAAAGGUGUUAUAGCCAAAGUCCUCAAUGAGGAUAAGAAAAUUAGAUCAGUUUCUAUAUAAAAUAAAAACUAGUAAAAUAAUUAGCAAUAAUCUCAUUCUCCCAAACAUUAAAAAAAUUAUCAAAGACCUAAAACUGUUUUGAUUAAUUCAUCUCAGGAAACUGAAUAAAGUUUUACAGAAUUUAAUGAAAAUUUACAUUAAUAAAUUUAAAAAAGUGCAAGGAAAAAUUAUUAAGAUUAAAACUUAUCUAAGUCGCUUAUACUUAUAAGCAAACAAGAUCAUGGUUUAUUUUCUUUAGAAAAGCAAUAAACAGAUCAAGAUGAAUUAAUUAAAUAAUUAGCAAACAACCCAAUAAAGCAGAUAUUUAAAUCAUAUUAAAAGGGAAAGAAAAACUUUAAAUAAAUCUUCUUGUAAUCAAUUGAAAAUAAAUAGCAAAGAAGAGAUUCAAUUUAGAUGCUAAAGAAAGGAAUUAAGAUAGAAGCUAUUAUGAGAGAAAAAAGAGAAAAGGAGUUUUAAGAAUAUAUGAAUGAAGAAUUGGAAGACAAAAGAAUCAAAGUACUCAAAAGAAAACCAGAAGAAAAUAAGCUUUAGUCAAAUGAAAACCAAAAAAAUUAGAUUGAAGAUCAAAAAGUUUACAGAAAAGAUCAAAACAAAUUAGAAUUAAACAGAUAAAAUAUUAAAAUAAAUAGAAAUUUCAGUGCAAACUAUAUUUAAAAAGGUAAUAUUCUUAAUGAGAACAAGAGUUUUACAUAAGAAAGAUCUAUUUCACCUACUGCUGCUUUAUCUAAAUUUAGUUCUGCUCGUUUUUAAGCAAUAUAAGCUGCAUAAAGCAAUAAUUUUGUGGGAACUAUUUUAUCAUAAGAGGGUAACUUAGCAAAGCAAAAUAUAUUGUAAGGUUAAAUUUAGGGAAUUCAAAAUAAUAAGGAUAAAACUAGUAUUAGAGAAAGUAUUUUGUCUCAUUUUACUGAGAAAAAUACACAAGGCUCUUUCCAAUCAUUUCCUGAAACAUAAUUUAUGACUGAAAGAAAUGACACAGAGUAUUAAUUACAAGAUAUUAAAAGAUUUAAUAGUGAAUAGGCUAAGUCUUAGAUUAGUUAAUUUUGCUAAACAACUCAAUAUAACGAAUAAAGCAAUCUUAAAAAUGAUGAUAUUCUUGUGAAAGAUUUUCUCACUGAGAGAGAUAUUCCUCAAACUAAAAAAUAAAUUCAAUUAGCUAAUGCAUAAAUGUCUCAAAAAAAUACUUAAAGUAGCUUAAAAGAUUUUAUUUAACAUCAAACAAGCUCAAGAAAAUUAGCUUAAUUUUCAUAAAUGAAAAAAAUGAAUAAUAAUUAUAGAAAGUUACAUGAUCAAUCUAUUGAUGCUAUUAAAGAAGACUAUUUUGUUAACCAAACGCCAAAUAAUAAAUGUUAGCAUCCUAAUCUUUUAAUAACACUAGGUGAUUAUGAAGAAAAUAAAUUAAUUUUCAAUAAAGUAGAAUAAAAAAAUAUCAACUAGUUAGACAAAAUAAAAUAAUUAAUACAGCAAAACAAAAAGUUGAAUUUGAAUAACAGUAAUACCAACAAUUAAAACAGAUUUCAAUCUUCUGCAACUGGUUUUAAAAAAGAUGCAUCAAAUAAUUAGACCAAUAACUAUAAGAAUAGAUCUUUUAUUGUAACUGAUUUUCAGCCGAAUAAUAAUUCUGUUUACGGAUUAACAUCCAGCAAAGGCCAUAGAAAACUUUUAUAAACAACAAGCUUAUGUAAAGAUAAAUUGCAAAACAAUAUCAAUGAAGUUUUAUCUCCAAAAACUAAUCCAAUUACUUAUUCUACCUUGUCAACCAAAAUUACAUCAAGAUUAGCUUAAAAUAAUACACCAAAGGAAACAAACAUCCAUAAAAUUAAUCUUGAAAAAAGUAAAUAAAGAUAAAUUAAUAUACCUAUUUCUAUGGGGAUUCGAAGGAAAUGCCUUUCAUAAAAUUAAUGUGAAUUUAGUUCUGCAUAUUGA